UGGACACAGCCGACAUUCCAUCCGGUCAUGAAGUGCGACCGGAUUUGUUUCUGCUUCUGUCAGAAUAACAAAUUUGCCCUUGAAGUUAAAUAGAAAUGCCAAGAAAGCCUUUAUUUUGUUUCUUGUAAAUAUAAUAAAUAUAAGCUACUGCCAUAAUGAGUCUUUCAACGCUUUUCCACCAGCUACUUAGUUCUUCUCCUGUCCCGUAUCACCCGAUACUAGCAAUUGUUAAAGGACUUCGAAAUGGAGCCGUAUAUGGAGCCAAAAUCCGAUUCCCGCAUGCGAUGGUGAUGACUUUUUUAUUCAGAAGUGGCUCAUUAAGAGACAAAUUUGCCUGGAUUCUGCGUGCUACUUAUACACACUCAAAAAAUUUAGCCACCUUCGUUUUGAUCUACAAAACCCUGAUGGCUAUUAUGCGGCGUGUGGAGGGAGGAAAAGGCAACGUUCAUCCAUUCAUAUCAGCUUUCAUCGGCGGUUAUUUCGUUUUUGGCACUCAUGAUAAAAUCAACGAACAGAUUGUACUCUAUUUGUUGUCAAGAAUUACAGUGGCCUUUGCGAAACUUGCUGUUAAAGAAGGUUAUAUCAGCAAGCCAAAUUUCGAAGUUUGGCCUUGGUUUGCUGCUUUUGUUUGGGGAUCGGUUUUGUGGCUUUUCGAAUUCCAUAGGUGGACAUUGCAGGAUAGCUUGAGAAGUUCUAUGGUCUAUCUGUAUGAUGACUCAGAUGUUUUCAGCAAUUUGAAGAAUUUUCUUUGGCACAAUAAGUGAAAUCUACAAUGAGAUUUUAAAAGGUUUCUUAAUUAUAUAUAGACUGGGUUUGUUUUGGUAUGUGGAAUAUUAAGAAUAUAUAGGGAUAUUUUUUUUGUA